GUCUCGUCGGAUCGGCGCGGCGGCGAUCGGCUGGUUCCGUGCGUCGCCGUCGGUUCUCAGUCUUGCUCCAGCUCGCGCGCGUUACGGUUCGUUCUCGCGAUCCUCCUCUUCGAUCGCUUCGUCCUCCCGCGACCCUACGUACAUCGCCGAUAUCAGGCGGUGGAGUGUGGAGUAACGCAGAACGCGCGAACACAGUGUGCGGAGAGAUUAAAUCCUUAUCUAUUAUUCCUAUCUCUCUCGGAGUUUAUUUAUCCGUCUCUAUAUAUAUAUAUGUAUAUAUAUAUACAUAUAUAUAUAUAUACACAACGUGCUUUUCUUGUGCUUUUUAGAGAGAGGUUUCGUCCGCGCGAUCCGAUCGUUGGCGGCCGCCGUUGUUGCUUUCGUCAUCGCGGUGGUACGUCGCAUACCACACCGUCUCUCUCUCGUAUAUAUACACCUUUCCCGGUGCGCGCUUCUUGGAUACGCGGUGGUCACGCAUGCACGCAUGGACAAGCAACGGCGACGCGGCACUGCCCAAUGAUGGCCGUGCCGGGGCAUUACCGUUGACGUAGUGAUGUAUUAUUAGUGGUGCGCGUCGCGGGAAAGUGCUCUCUGUGUUGCCCCGUCUCUCUUCGCUCGCUUCGCUCCGCGAAUAUAUAUCUCGGCUCCGAUAAUAAACGCGAAGUGUGCGCCUCUUUUCGUGCUUGUCGGAAAUCAGUGAUUCGCGGUUAAAGGGAGAAGGCACGGUAUAUGUCAAGUGCGUAAUAUUUCGCCUACGCGAGUUCACCCAGUGUCAGAGUUUCAUAUCAGUGUCACGACAGUUUUUACUCGCUCUCGCUUUCUCUUGGUGUGUGUCUCUGUGUGUGUGGAUUAUUGGAUAUACUCGUAUUAUCAUAUUGGGAUAUACUGUUGCGGCCCAGACACCUCGUUCCCGUCGCAGGAUCGAGAGAUCGAGAUUUCGGUUGGUGGAAUCUACCCCAAAGGAAUCCGCGAAAGCCGGAAACGGAGCUGCAAUAACCGAGACGAUCUUUCGCAUCAUUCGGAGAAUAGAAGGUCUCGGGAAUAAGGAUCGAAUGGGAAUAUAUAUAUUUUAAAUUCAUCACUGUGGGCCUCGCGUGUGUAUGGUACAGCCUGCAUAAGGAUCCUUCAACACAUGGCACUGCGAUGAACAAGAUGCAGAGACAAAGCCGGCGUAGCUCGGAGGUGGAGGUUGCGCUUAUGCGCCCUGUAAGCACAGCUGGCUAAUAGCCUCGGAGCCCGUCCCCGACACCCUGCAGCCACACCAGAUUAGCAGUCGGCGUGACAUGGAUGUGAGCUUCACGAACGUGUUAGAGGGGGCUCGCCAGUACUUCCAGGGACUGCCCGUACCUAGUACAGGUGGUGGCGCGGCCACGUCGGUGGAUCUCCACGCGACAUCCUCCACGAAUUCCGCCUCGUCGACAUUGACGACGACGACGCACGAUCAUGAUGCAUCGCAGCCGACUCAGUCAAUCUCGACUUCCGCCAACAGCAACAGCAGCGGUGGCAGUGGCCAGGAGUCGAAUCGUUACCCCACCGACGUCAGACCGUCGUUGUCGGUGGAGACCAGCAAUGCUUCCGGUUCUAAUUUCUGGAAUCCGCACGUGGAACCUUAUCCGCCGCAGCCGACCAAGGUUGAAGUCCCGGACACGAGACCAGGCGAUGAAAGCUCCGCCAUGGAACCUAGUUCCUCUUCCCCUUCGGGCACCGUUACUUUAACCGAAAUGCAACCUUCUAAUCACCAGUCCUCUUCCUCUACCUCCUCCUCCUCCGCCGCCGCUGCCGCCGUCGCCUCAAACAUCGCAUCGUCGACAAACUUCUCGCAAAGAUCACCGCCAGCAUCGUCAUCGUCUUCGUCGUCGUCCUCCAGCGAUCACAAUCAUCAUCACCAGUUGCAUCCUUCGGCUUCAAACUUGUCGUCGCACUUGCAUCAGAUGCAGCCGCCUCAGCCACCACAUUCCCCGGGACCGGUGUAUCAGCAACUCAACAAUGUUAGCAGGUCAUCUUUCAACACGGCGGAUAUGCUCGCCUCAUCUUCGUCACAUCCCGUCUCGACUUAUCAGACGGCGAGCAACAACGAUCGGCAAUCGCAGCCGAUUGUCGUGCAGAGGACUCAAUAUUAUCCGCGUUAUCAUCAUCCGGACAUCACCAAGUGCGCACCGGCUCCGUACUCGCAGAGUUCCAUUUAUCAAUCCGCUAAUGUAGCGCAACCUUCGAGCACGGUUCAACAACCGAGCACGAGGCCGACACCGAUGGAGCAGAACAACACGUCGUCGUCCGGAAUAGUCGCUCAAGGACACUGUCCGCCGGAGCAGCAACGAGUACCCGGUACUUACGGCAGCAAUGUGCCGUCCGUUCAGAAUCCUCUCGGCGGAUCCAAUGUGUACGGAUCCGGCACUCCCUCUUCCUCUCAGAAUUAUCGUUCCUCGAGCCAAUAUCAGCAACAGGCUCAUCGUCUAGCGACCACUUCCGCUUCGAGCCUCAAUGACAGAUCGCAUAGCUCGGAUGGAGCACCGCACUCUUCCACCGUUCCUUUCUCCUCGUCGUCGGCGAUCAGCCCGCGUCAGCCCGCUGCAAACAAUUCCUCCUCCAGUCACAUUCCUUCGCAAUCGCAGUCGCAGAAUCUUCCGGGGCACAUUCCGUCGCCGUCCGCCGCCUCGUCGAUGCAUCAUCAACAGCAGCAGCAGCAGCAGCAACAGCAGCAAUAUACUAGUCGUAUAAAUGUUUCACCGCAUUCACACGGUUCCUCGUACGGAAGUCGCGUGUUACCGCCGCCCCUGCACGGCGUCUCAACGUCGACCUCUUCCGCCGCGGUGGCGAACCAUCCGCAGCAGCAUAUGCCACCACCGCCGAGCAGCUACCAUGCAGGAACAACGCCGUCACCGCAUCACGAGAUGCCGUCGCAUCACGCCACGCCGUCGCCGCAUCACGCAACUCCGUCGCCGCAGCGGCAAUCGCCCCACGUGUCCAAUCUACACAAUCCGCACGCAUCUCCAUCUCCUCAUCAUACGCCUUCGCCGCACAACAGCUUCCAGCCGCACUCGCCGACCUAUCCGCCGCCACCACCGCCGCCGGCUUCGUCGAGAUCGACGCCGCACUCGUACAACCUGUCAUCGGUCACCCCUCAGCAUUAUCAGACGAAUUACACGGCUCGUGAUAUGGCGAUGCCUUACGCAUCGGCGCCGUCGUCACAACCUUCGUACCAUUCCUUCCAGAAGAGCUCACAGUCAGAGUCUCAGGGGAGUAAUUAUUAUUCUCAAUCCGGCCGAUCUCAUAGUCAAUCGUACGGUAUGCAGCAGAUGCUAGCGUCGCAGACGGUAUUUCCCGGUACACCUAGUAGCAACAAUCUAGGUAGCUAUCAACAGAGUGGCAGCAAACACACUACAUACAAUGGCGCGGAGAUCGCGAAGAGAAACGCGAUAGAUGCCGCAACGCCCUACGCUACGCAUCGGAACGCAUCAUCUACGCAGAGGAACAGCAACACGCACAAUCUGCCACCCAUCGCUGCCCUAUCAUCCUAUCAUUCCAACAGGCGAGAACCUUUGGGGAAAUCGGCACAGUCAAUGGUGCAACGACAACGAAUACACUCGACGAAUGCUAAUAGCAAAAUGACACCCGCCGCAAUGCUACCGACGACGCCCUCCUCGAUGCCCGCGCAGAGACUCGCCGAAUACCCGAUGACUCCGGCCUCGGUAAUGAAUCACGCGAUACCAGUGAACGGCAGGACAACCACCGUGACGAACAUGACGUAUGGCAGUCGAUACAGCGGCCAACAAGGCUACCUCUCGUCGUCGUACGCCACUACGCUCGCACCCAGUCAUCACGGCAGCAACUCCACGAGCAGCACCACGGUGACCUCUAUUAGUCACGGCGGUAUCGGCGGCGCGAGGUCUUCCGUUUCAACGAUCCACGCGUAUCAGUCUUCCGACGAGCCUGAUCGAGCGGCGGGAUCGUCGUCUCAUCAUCAUCACCAUCACCAUCAUCAGUCGCGAAUGACGACUGAAAAUUAUGGCUACAAAGAGUAUCCUCCUUAUCAAAACCCAGCGUCGUCUAGCGGUCAGACUGCUCCGGCCGCAGCUAUGGCGAAUUCUCCGUCGCCGAGUAAUACAGUUCGGAAGAGGGAGUCUCCUUUGGACUUAUCCGUAAAGACAGUUAAGACGUCGGCUGAUUCCACGGCGCAGGACGAUCUCGAAGCCACCAGCACCGACAAGCAUGUCAGUAGCUCGGGCUUGGGUACCAUCAGAAGCAACGUGAGCAGACCGAUGCCACCUCCGCCUGCCGUGCAUCAGUCGACGCCAGUUCAGCCGUCGUACUCGUCGUACGAUUCUAGACCUUCGAGCAACAGCUCGAGGAAUCCCAUGCCCGUGACCUGUGUCCGGGCAUCGACGCCGCAGACGGUGUGUGCGCCCAAGGUCGAUUUCCUGCCGGACUUCAACUCAGCGCCGCUACGCCAUCAAUCGCAUCACGAGAAUCCUCUUCGUAGGAGCACCACGCAGUUAUACGUUCCGCCCGCUCAGUCCCUCUCGACCCAUCACGCGAACAAUACGGCACCACUGCCUCACAUGUCCACGUUCAAGAAACGUCCACUGCCCACAUCACUCUAUGACGGUCUGACGAUACCGCCGCCUUCGUCAUCGUCGUCCGCAUCGUCUGCAUCGUAUCUCCAAACGAAUGAUUCUUCGAGGUUCUCCAAGUAUUCCCCGAUGGUGGACCCGUCACGGGUCGGUCCGCCUACACUGCCCGCGCAGGAUUACGCGCCCGACCCCAACAAGUAUUAUUUAGGCGAUAACAGGGCCAAAUUCGAACAGCAGUUCUCUCAGCGUAUGCCGUUCAAGAGGGCCGGGGAAGCAAUUUACGGCGUAGGGAGUCCUAGCAAACAGCCCAGGAUUUCUUGGCGAGUACCAAGCACCGACAAACAGAUCGUCGAGCCGAAGCUGUCGACUGCGAGCGCGCUGAACGAACAGCAGAAACGGCAGGAGAUGAACUUGCCGGUUCCUUUACCGAACGGAACUCUAGUGACACCCGGCGUUUACGAUCAAAGACUCGAUUAUCCCGCACCGGAAUCGUCUAGGUAUCAGCCGGCUUACUGUGAUAAGAAGACCUAUCCGGACUCCAAAAUUGUGAGGAGCUCGCCCUCGUCGUACAAUCACCCGAUAACUUCAAAACCUAACGCGAACAUACAUGUGUUACCGCAACAGUUAAGUGGUGCUUCAUCGAUCUAUUCUCCUUAUCGUCAGACAGUUCAAAAGACGACAAGUUCUCUGAGCGUGACGUCCGGCGGCCAACCGAUAGAUCAACCUAGUAAUACUGGCGCUGACAAGAGAGUGCUCAGUUUGCUAAGGAAUAGUCUGGAGAACAAACAGCAGAGGGAUGAGCUCAACAGCCAGCAGCCUAUUUUGGUUAAUCACAGCCAGCAAAGUUUCCAGAAUAAGGUUGUCGCGCCAGUCGAACCUAAAACGAACAUCGGUAGACACAAUCUGUCACCGUUCACGGCGGCGAGUCUGCUGGAGCGCAACAGCAAUACACCGCCGCAUUACAAGCUCCAUGUUCCGCGAGCAGUAGACUCGAUUACUCAGGAGGCACCGCGCAGCAUGUACGCCUCGAGGGUGAACGCAUCCGCCACGUUACCUGGCAAGGAGGCUUCUCUCGCGGGACCCCGCGGCGCCGAGAAUCAGAUUCAUCGUGACAAGGACGACGGCCUCGCCGCCAUUUUAGCCGCGAAAAUUAGGACGAAGGCAGAACUCAAACAGGUCGGGACCGGACAGUUUACGAAAGCAGCUCCUCAGGAUAUAUCGUCUACGCCGAAAGAGAUCGAUAAUGCGGCCUCGACGUCGACACCGCAGUCCGGUUCGUCCGCGGGCAGCCCGCCGAAACUAACGCGCGAGAAAACGGUCUGUUUGCCGCCCAGAAGACGUUUGUUCUCGAGAACUGAUGAGGACAACAUGCCCGUAGCGGCGACUGUGCCCGCCGUCACAGUCGCAUCCACGGUACCGACCCGAGCGAGCGGAUGCAGAAGUUCGUCCGAAACAUCCGUCUUCGACUUCCAGGAGAGCGACUCCGACGAGAUGCCGGUUCUUGAGCGGCAAACUUUGGAGGAGAUGAGGAGGGACAGGAAACAGUUGUCCAAAGUGCAACCCCCGAUUCCCCUCAAUGAUGCAGUGUGUAUGAAUAUGGCGUCCUCGACAGAUCUCGUGAAGAUAGAGCUGAAGGAAAAUGACAAAAUCAACGAGAUGGAUCCAUUUUGGACUACUGCUUGUGAUAAGUUUAUGGAACAAUUACGCACUGGUGACGCCGUGAAGAAACGCGGACGCAGAAAAAAGGUGAGCGGUACCACGACGUCAAAGCUCGAGGAAGCAGCUAACGACAGUGACAAGGAAUCGGAUACCAAUGCGUCGCAAUCUUGCAAGUCCGAAGAUGUUAAGAAGUUGCUAGAAACGAAUGAGGAUGAUAAAAGUUUGAUCCUUAAAGAUAUCAAGAUCAAGACGGAACCUGGAUUGAAGGAGGACGAGAAACACUCGAGUGACGAUUCGGAUGAAGUACCGUUAAUUAAGAGAAAAAAGGUAGAGGUGAAGAAAGAGGAUAGUGAUUGCGACGAGGAAGAAAUAUGCCGAAGGAGACAGAUUCGUCGCGGCAGUAGGAUCAAGCUCGAAUCCUCCAGCGGCAGUGAAUCCUCGAGCGAGGAUAGCGAUGGUAGUACUACUGAGUUCCAUGGUUCUUCGGUAGCUGACAGACUUCGAGCCAGAAAACGAUCUUCAGUUAACGUGUCCGAAGGUAUGAAACUUCGUUCGAGGGAUACUACUCCCCAUAAAGCGAAGCCAGAGAAAGAGUCCAAAAUGUCCACGCCUCCCAAAGGUGGUGGAACCUCUCAAAAAGCGAAACCAAAACCGUUGUUUGGCGAUGGUAGUGACUUUAGGCCCGGAUGGGAAGAAGAGGUCUACGUGUAUAAAAAGUCUUUGAGAAUGCCACCUAGGUUAAUAACAGUGUCGAAGCCGUCGCGCUUUCAUCGCCUGUCCACGUCAUUGCCGGAUUUGGAUCCCGGUUCGCCGGCACUGUCCGUUUCGAUGGAUAGUUCCGACGUGUGUCUUAGUCGUAACAAGAGGCUGAUAGACAGUGACAUGGAAUCCAAUUAUAGCUUCAGCAUCACUGGGCUUGGUAGCAAAAUCGAUGACGAGGAGGCAACUUCGUCAACCACCGUUUCUUGCCCUCCGAAGACCAUGACAAAACAUUUCCGAUCGGAGAACAAUUCCAUCGUCGAUGUUCUCGCGCAAAAAGUCGGAAGUGGUGGUGGUCAGAAGGACUCGAAGAAGAAGCAGAAUUCGAAGGGUGGUAAAAUUCUUAAUAAGAGCAGCAACGAACCAGAACUUUUGCCGACGCCGGGUCUCGCGUCUCUUACCUCGUCUGAGACCUCGAAGAACUCUAAAAAUAAGAUCUCGAAGAAUAAUAAAAAUCCGAUUAAAGUCACCAACUCCGUCCUUCUCGGUUAUUUCCGCAAAGAGACGGUCAAUAAUUUCCGCGACGCGUUUAAGAACAACCAUACGCUGCCCAAUGAAUUUUCCACUAUGGUGUUGAAGAGCAGAACAAGAACAGAGACGAAGGUCUUGAAGAAGGAGGCGACUAUUCGCGAGGUAUUCGGCGAGGAUAGACCCGCGUCAGCUCCGCCGAUGCAAAAUCACGACGAUACGUCGCAAGACGAUGAUUCGCAGAACGAAACACCAGAAAACGUGUUGGGCAAAGCACGAACGUUGAAGCAGAAAGUGGUCUCUCGUUUGAGAAACGCCGGUAUAUUACGAAGCCACAAGGCGAUCGCGAACUCGAAACGUCGCCUGCUCACCGCCGAGAGGCGGAAAGAUUUGCUUAAGUCGCUCGCGAAUAAAAAAUUAUAUCGCAUCAAGACUGAGAUGGAACAGGAAGAGACGAAUGACGUUAGGGAGGAAGAGAAUAAUGACGAAGAUGACAAGAAUGAUUUGGAUAUGCGUAACAAAAAGAAGCUUAAACUCCGACCUGGUCGACGGAAAUUCCGCUCUGGAUUUGACUACAUACGCAAGAAGAAGAAACCAUUAAAGAAGGACGAGGCAUUGCCGAAAGAAAGGAAAAGACAAAGCCAAGCUAACAAACCAAGUCCGGAAUGUGUGGCCGAUAUUCAAUCUGAAAUCAGGACGUGGGUUAUCAAGAAAGGCGUCGGAGAAACUAUAUUACAUCGCGCUGCCCGCCUUGGUUACACGGACGUGACUGCUUAUUGUCUGGAGAAGCUCAAUAGUGCACCGAGUCCCAAAGACAAUGCGGGAUACACGCCGCUUCACGAAGCGUGUUCCAAAGGUCAUCUGGAGAUCGCGAAACUCUUGUUGGCUUACGGUGCAAACGUCAGCGAGAGUGCUAACGGUGGUAUCAGACCGCUUCACGAAGCAGCGGAGAAUGGUGCUACGGAGCUUGUACGGUUGUUGCUGUCGUAUGGUGCUGAUCCAUUAUUGGCUACCUACUCCGGACAAACGCCGUUGAUGUUGGCCGUCGACACCGAAGCUAACGCUAUUCUAGAACAGCACUUGGCUGAUAUCCAAGGUCGCGUCACUGUACCAUGGUCAUUCGUUGGUCCAGCUUCUGUUUUAGAUCCGGAAGAGACGGGCUACAAUCCACUGGACGACGUUCCAUCGGACAGUCCCGAAUCAGUUGAGCUAAACGAUGUCGAAAUGGAAGUAAGCGAUAUCAACCUACCUGUCCUCUUCACUCUGAACAACGAUCCCGACAAAUGGGUGCUGCUUCAAGAUCUCAUGGCGAUUUUGCGAAUAAAGAGUCGCGAGGCUCUUCUACGUCAGAUCAAUCCGAAGGCGCACUCCGGGCCAUCUGCAAUUGCGCAUCGCGAUGUCAUGCGCGAGCUGAAGCUGCCAGAUUUCCUGGAGCAGACGCGUUGUUGUCACCUGCUGAGUGGCGGCGAAAGAAUUAACGUGCGCGGCUCCAAAGUCACGCUCAUCAAGUACAACGAUAAAGUCAAGUCUCUGCUAAACGUGGAAAAAGUGUUGAUUAGUCUCAGGUGACAGGAGGCAUCUCUGGGGCAGUCAUCUCCCCAGAUAUCGAAACCAUCGACUUCGAUUCUAACCAAGGAACAUCAGAAGAAAAUCGAAGGCAAAGGUAGCACCACAACUACUAUCGUAAAACGUCAGAAAAAGAGACAAGAGACGCGUAAUAAAAAUUCCAAUGGUUGAUUCGGUAGCUAAUGAUAUAUUCAAACUUGACGACAAUUGUGAAAAUCAUGAAUCGAGGGCCGUUUACUUGAAUGUGUUACAAAGAGCAGAAAGUAAAGAACUUAGAUGUAUUAUAAGAAGAAGAACAGCAAGUUCCUGCAACACGUCGCAAGAAUCUUACAAUAAUGAAGAUCAGUUUGACAAUUUUCUGUUUGUCUUAUGUUUUGAACUGAUCGAUACUGAUAAUUGAUUUUCUCUUGUCGAUCAGUAUUUUCUAAUGUACAAUAUUAUAGUGAAAUGAAGUUCGUGAGUAAAGUAACAAGGGACAUAAUGGUUCCGUUCCUGGAUUUAAGUGUAAACUAAUGAAUUUGUUUAUCUGUCCUGUUAAUGUCUUUCGCACGGUAUAAAGAAAGGUGAUCGGUUAUUAGGCCGGAAGUACGAUGCGCAAUCACAAAUUUUGAAACAUAUAAUAAUUCAUUGCAAAUAUAAUAAAUGGGACGAUUUAGUAUCUAAUUAACGCAGCUAAGAGUAUGGAGACAGUAACGGAAACAGCUACCUGUGACAUUAUAUAGCAGUAUUUAAUUGGGAUAUACGUAAAAUAUACGAAUAUCCAUAAAACGAGGAUAUUUUAUUAAUUCUCUUAAGGACUGAUUAAUCAGAAUUGAAAUAAUCAGAGGUUUGUUAACGUAACGCUUUUAGGCGAAUAAAGAAAGAAGAGAAAUGGUUCUUUAAGUGAUGACGACAACAGGCAAAUGAAAAAAAGUCUCUUUCGUGAGAGCUUUUUUUCGAAUGUCGAACCAAGAGAGAGUCUCGCGGAAUAGUAAUAGUAUAAAAUAACGCGAUAUAAUGUAAUUAAAUAAUAGUAAUUUAUCUUAGGAGUGCGAAAAAAUACACAUAGCUAUCGUACCAGAUAUAUUUU